AUGGCAGAACAGGGUCUCAUCUUUGCUCUCUUUCUUGCAGUGGCCGCGGGCCGAGGCGCCGUGGAUGGCCUGCAGAGGUUCUCCUCGCUGCCGGCCUUCCUGCCUUCCGACCUGCGCAUCGCCGGCGCCGAGGCGUCCUUCUUCCUCAAGGAGGCCAGGCAGGACCUGACGCGCAACGCCAGCCUGCAGGCCCGGGUGGAGUCCCUCUUCGUCUACCGUGCCCGGGGCCCGCCCUCCGUCAACGCCAGCUACGGGCCCUUCUCCGCUGAGAGGCCGGUGCCCCGGGAGCUCCUGCUGACGCCCACGGCCUUCGGGGACCUGGAGAAGUUCCCCUUCAACUGGAAGCUGAAGCCCCACAUCCUCGACAGCUCCAUCUACUCCAACCGGCCCAAGGUGCAGACCCUCUUCUAUGUCACCGGCAUGGCCUGGGAUGACAGCGACCCGGGGGAGGACCUGCCCUGCGUCAAGAUGUUUGCCUUCCCAGAGGCCAGGGAGGUGGCGGCCAGCUGCCGGCUGCAGGGGGCCCCCGGGCUGUGCGUGGCCGAGCUGGAGCUGCUGCCCGAGUGGUUCAGCUCCGGCCUGGACCUGGAGCCUGAGGAGGAGAUCCCGGCCUUGCUGGGAGGCACGGCCAUGGAGCUCUUCUUCAGCCUCUACCCGGCCGACGCGGCGGGCCAGUGUCCCCUGGAAGAGGAGGGCAAGUGGGAGAACAACAUCCACUUGGGCCAGGACAGCCCCCCGCAGGCGCCCCCCGCCCGGGAGCGCAUCGGCAGCGUGGUGGUCUACCCGACUCAGGACGACCUGCGCUGGUCCCUGCUGAGCCUGGACCAGAACGUCGCCCUCUCCGUCCCGCUGAACCUCAUCCGCGAAGGGGACACAGCCACCUUUCUGGUCUCUCUGACCAGCGGCUCCGUGGCAGAACAGUUCACCCUCCGAAUUAAGGCGGCAGCUGGUGUGAAGAUCACGGCCGUGAGAAUCAGCAACGAGGACCAGUGGGCGGUGCAGGAGGAGGUGGACCACGGCAGCACCCAGACGACGGCCACCCUGGCCUGCGUGGGCCACCCGGACACCCAGGGCAGAGCAAAUGGCUCCGUCUACGAGAUCCUGCAAGUGGACUUUGGCAUCGACAACAGCAGUGGCUUGGCGGGGGCCCAGCAGAUCACCUGGCAGGUGGAGUACCCAGCUGAGGACUCCAUGAGCGAGCUGGUGGUCUCCGAGAUCUUUGUCAGCCAGACGACCUUUGUGGGCAUCGUCCCUCUUGCAAUGGACACGGAGGUUUUGAACACUGCCAUUCUCACCGGAAAGCCCGUCUCGGUCCCUGUCAAAGUUGUGGGGGUUCAAGAGGACGGUUCCGUGGUGGAUGUGUCAGAGGCUGUGGAGUGCAGGUCAGCUGAUGAGGACAUCGUGAAGGUACGUGAUGGCUUCUUCUGCCUGUCUCCCAAGUGCACGUGGCUAUCAUGGCUCACUGUGUACUAGUCUGGAUAUCUGGUG